CCGGGUUCCGGCUGACGGCGGUGCGGCGGGAGCCGGCGGUGCGGCUGCAGCACGGCGCCAGCGGUCUGGAGCCGCUGGCCUGGUCGGAGGAUCACCGGGUGUCGGUGAGCACCGCCCGCAGCAUCGCCGUCCUGGAGCAGCUCAGCGACAUCCACAGCGGCGGCCAGGACAUGGUCAUCCACCGCACGGCCGUGCCCGCGCCCGCCGCCGCCUGCCUCCUCAAGGUUGGUCCAAAAAAGGAGGUAGCAGAGUGUAAGGAAAAGUUUGCAAAUUCUAUGGAUCCAACAGUUAGUCAAGCUUUUAUGUUAGACAGAGUAUUCAAUCCUGAAGGAAAGUCACUGCCACCUAUGCGAGGAUUCAAAUAUUCCAGCUGGUCACCACUGGGCUGUGAUGCUAAUGGAAGAUGUCUGCUUGCAGCUUUAACCAUGGACAAUCGAUUAACCAUCCAUGCAAACCUCAACAGACUGCAGUGGGUGCACUUGGUCGACCUGACAGAUGUUUAUGGGGAGCGUUUGUAUGAAGCCAGUUACAGACUUUCUAAGGUUGAGACUACCAAGGGAGAACUAAGCGACUUUUCUGAAUUUCAGCGACGGCACAGUAUGCAGACACCGGUGCGCAUGGAGUGGUCUGGUAUCUGCACCACUCAGCAGGUUAAACACAACAAUGAAUGCCGGGAUGUUGGCAGUGUGCUCUUAGCGGUACUCUUUGAAAACGGUAACAUUGCAGUUUGGCAGUUUCAGCUUCCGUUUCUGGGUAAGGAAUCAAUUACUUCUUGCAAUACCAUUGAGUCUGGAAUAAAUUCUCCAAGUGUCUUGUCUUGGUGGGAAUAUGAACAUAACAACCGAAAAAUGAGUGGACUCAUUGUAGGGAGUGCUUUUGGACCAGUUAAAAUCCUUCCUGUCAAUCUGAAGGCAGUUAAAGGCUACUUUACGCUGAGACAGCCUGUAGUCUUGUGGCAAGAAAUGGACCAGUUGCCAGUGCAGAGUAUCAAAUGUAUUCCUCUUUACCAUCCUUACCAGAAAUGUAGUUGUAGCUUAGUGGUGGCUGCAAGAGGACCUUACGUGUUUUGGUGUCUUCUGUUGAUAUCCAAAGCAGGUUUGAAUGUCCAUAAUUCCCAUGUUACAGGGCUUCAUUCUUUGCCAAUUGUAUCUAUGACUGCAGACAAACAGAAUGGCACAGUGUAUACAUGCUCCAGUGAUGGAAAGGUAAGGCAGCUGAUUCCUAUAUUUACAGAUGUUGCUUUAAAGUUUGAGCACCAGCUGAUUAAGCUCUCAGAAGUGUUUGGCUCUGUGAGGACUCAUGGAAUAGCUGUUAGCCCAUGUGGUGCCUACUUAGCAGUUAUUACAACAGAGGGCAUGACUAACGGUCUUCACCCUGUUAACAAAAACUACCAAGUCCAGUUUGUAACCCUUAAAACUUUUGAGGAGGCAGCUGCUCAGCUCUUGGAAUCAUCUGUUCAGAAUCUUUUCCGGCAAGUGGACCUGACAGAUCUUGUACGCUGGAAAAUUUUGAAGGAUAAGCACAUUCCUCAAUUCUUGCAGGAAGCACUGGAUAAAAAGAUUGAGAACUGUGGUUCUACUUACUUCUGGCGGUUUAAACUAUUUCUCCUAAGAAUUUUAUACCAGUCAAUGCAGAAGGCUCCUUCAGAGGUCAUGUGGAGACCUUCACAUGAGGAUGCAAAAAUCUUGAUAUCAGAUUCCCCUGGGAUGGGCAGCACUGAAGAUGAUCAAGAAGAAGGAACUUCUAAACAAGCCAGUAAGCAGAGUCUGUGUGACACAGGCAAAGGUAUGGAUGUAGAUGACACUGCAGAUGAUUCUCUGCCUCAGUCAAGUGAAAUAGGAGGCCGUGAACCAAUGGAAGAAAAGCUUCUUGAAAUACAAGCACAAAUUGAGGCAGUAGAAAUGCAUUUGACACGAGAACACAUGAAACGAGUGUUGGGAGAAGUUUAUCUGCACACAUGGAUUACAGAAAACACCAGUAUUCCCACUAGAGGAGUCUGUGACUUCUUAAUGUCUGAUGAAGGAUAUGAUGACAGAACAGCACGAGUGCUGAUUGGGCAUAUCUUAAAGAAAAUGAACAAACAGACUUUUCCAGAGCACUGCAGCUUGUGUAAAGAGAUCCUGCCAUUCACUGAUCGCAAACAGGCAGUUUGCUCCAAUGGACAUAUCUGGCUCAGGUGCUUUUUAACCUACCAAUCCUGUCAGAGUUUGGUAUACAGAAGGUGUUUGCUUCAUGACAGCAUUGCACGGCAUCCAACCCCAGAAGAUCCUGAAUGGAUCAAGAGGUUAUUGCAAGGACCAUGUACAUUCUGUGAUUCUCCUGUGUUCUAGAGAAGAGCUAUGUAAAGACUGGAAGUAUUCUCUCUACUGCAUAGGCUCCCUUCAGUCUAGACGGAUACAGAAUGGGAGUACACACUUUACUGAAGGGAGAAGACACUGUCUGCAACAGUAAAUAGAACAUUGGAGGGUCUAAAAAAUCCUUAGUCCAGAGCCUGAUCCAUGCUCCAGAAACAAGUACCUCCAGAGGAGCAAGUUCAUAAAGCAGUUUGGAAAUGCACCCCAUUGAAGCAUCAGCAGUUGACUGGACACACUUCCUUUUACUGAAAAGGAGCAGAAGUCUUAAGCAUGCAGUCUGAACUGUCCUUUCUACCUGGCAAUUGCAUGAUUUCCUUAAGGCUAGGAUGAGAACAGUGGAGCUGCCUCUCAAAUACUUUUGGUGGGUAGAGAAGGCUUCAACUUGUAGAGCUGUUUGGUUGCUUGUUAACAAGCUGCAGAAUAUUAAACUCGAAGUAAUUUAUGGUUCUAAUGUUUUUUAGAGAGUAAAGCAUAUGCCAGUUAUAGCCAUAUGAAAGAAAUUGGCCAUUUAUAUUAAUUUCAUUUAAAGUCUAAAAGAAUAACUGUACUAUCUCGUAACAGUUUUAACAGUAUCUCAGCGAAAAGGCUAACAUUAGUUGCCUGGGUCAAAUAUGGAUGAGUAAGAAGGAUUUUUAAAUGUAAUAAUUAAUAAACUAUUAGCAAUUAGAGUGAACACUAAUAUAUAUAUAUAUGUGUAUGUAUGUAUAUUUUCCACUUCUCUUAAGUCUCUUGCCAUGCUUUCAUUUUCUGUACUAAGUUCUAAUUAUUUCCUAGCUUUUGCCAACAUAUGUACUUUUUGUUUCACUUAAGCCUCUGCUAACAGGAAUCAUCUCUUCCAGUGUAACUCAGUUACCAAAAUAUUACCAAUUUACCUUAUUUUCAAUUGAAUUGAGAGUCUCCCUAAUGUUUUACAGAAAUUUUGACACCCAAGUAACCUCUCCCAGCUGCCAGUUUCUCUUUUAAUAAUAACAGCAGUAAAAAUAAUAAUAAUUUGAAUAAAAGAUGUCUUAUCUAAAGUUUCCACAGUUGAGUACAGAGCCUGGUAAAGCUAUUAUUACAUAAACCUGACUUUAUCAUCAAGGGAUUCAUAAGUAUGCCAGUAAUAUAGCAUGGCUGAGUCCAGAAAUCUGCUCUACUUUCUAACUGCCCUAUAGGAGAAACAGUCUUUUUGUCUUUGGCACCCAGUUGAUGCAGGGAGCGGGAGAAUCAACUUGCUGUGCAGUGUUAGAGGAAUAAUACCUUCCAAGUGCAUAUGGUUGUUUGGUACAGUUUGUCGUGUUAACUUAAAACCAUGUCUUCAAAUAAUCCAAAGUUUAUGUAUUUACAUUCUUGGCAGUACUAAUCUGGACACUCAAUUGUGUUGCCCUAUUUGUGAUUCAUGUCACUUCUAAUUGUGUGUGAAGUCCUUUAUAGGUAUUUGAGAAAAAUCAGGGAAUUGUCCUGACAGUAUCAGUCUCCAACAAUGCAUGUAUGGAUUGGUGCUUAAGUUUCCUUGAUUUAAUGACUAUGCAUAUUUUCCUAAUGUUUCUUCACCUUUACUAGGAGCAGAUUUCUUCAGCUAACAUUAAAACAAGUCACAUGUCCUUACUGUUCAGUGUUUCAUGCAUUAAGCAUGAUAGUGCUUUGACUGAGAAUAAUAUUAGUGUAGUAGACUAGAACAGCAUAAGCACAUUCAUCUGUAAAAUAAUUAGUCUUAUUUGUAAAUAUCCCUGGAAGUGAUACCAUAACUGUAUUAAAGAAAUGUUUAGUUUUCUAUGGCUGUGCAUUGAAAAUUGAAAUGACUUUGGUGUGUCUGCAGAGAGAGAAUCUAUAGAUCACGAUAGCAUCUAGUAAGACAAAGUCAGAAUAGCCUCGUGGGUGCUCAGUUUGAGGCAGGUACUGUACCCGGGGCAGCAUUUAUGUUCUCCUCACUUCCUGGUGUUGACUGGAGGGUGGGGGAGAAGAACAUUUAUAUCAAUAAGAGCUGAACAGGCUGAAUAGAAGAUUUGUUCAUGACAAUAGUGAUACCAUUUUCAGUAGAAACUGCAAGUCCUUGCCCAAGCAGUCCUGACCAAUUGGUCAAUAAGUGUUGUGGUUCAGAAAUCUAUCUGAUUAUGGAAGAGGUGGAAGAGCUUUCCAGAACUGUGUGUAGAUGCUUUCAAAAAAAAAAAAAAAAAAAAAAAAAAAGAAAAGAAAAAUCCAAAGAUCACUUCUUUGAUCUUGGUUUAAAGAUCAUAAUAAGAGUCUGCUGAAAUGUUUUAAGUCUGGCUAACCAGAACGUUUAAUACAGUAUAAUUUAGAUUAAGGCCUCAUGAUUACUUCUAGCAGUUCUCUAACUCCCCUGGAUUGAGUUGAAUGCUUUAGACAUUUGGAAGCUAGAACAUCUGCUUUCAGCAUUAAUGUUUAUUUUCCUGUCUUUCAAGGUAGUAGAUACUCAGUAUACCAUUGCCAGUUUAUUUAACCUGAUUUAUGACUGCUGGGAGAAUGGAAUUUUAAAGCCAACGAUGUCGGCUUUGUCUACAUGCCAGUGGAGAUCCUUUAGCACAAAGCUUUCACUUCUCACCCUGACCCAUUCACAACGGGUAAAGAGGUAUUGUGUGUUUUAUUUUGUUUUGUUUUUUAAACCAUCACUGGUCUCCAAUUGUAUUUUUAACUAGUCUGGACUUGAAUAGCAUAGCACACCUCAGACCAGUAAAAUUUAACCUGUGAUGUUGAUCAUACUGGAUCUUUCUGCCCCCUUAGCAGCUGAGACUUCCUUCUCAAGAAACUUUAUCUAUUUUGGACUCACUGCUUGCAGUUCUAGAAACGUGGGGUUUAGUCCCAUUCCUGUUAGAGCAUUGUAAUAAUCCGCAGAGCUGCAGGAGCACCCUGAGGAAUUCUCUCACAUUAUCCUUCAUGUUUCCCUAACAAAAAUUCUGUUUUCAUCUGCGUAGAGUGAGUGGAUGAGGAAGAUAAGAGCAUCAGCAGCCAGAUUCUUGCUCUGUUUUGCUGUUAAGGAAGUUGCCUCCCAAACACACACACAGUAGAACUAUCCAAUAUCAAGGCCCAGUUUGUUUUGAGACACAAAGUUAAGUAUGCAAAGAAAAAAGAUCCCCUUAAGUCAGAGAGUUUAUCCCACUAAGUUUUUGCUCUGUAAAUACUGAGGCCACAUAUCUCAAACAAGUGAAUAUUUUAAGGCUUUCCUCAACCGUUUCACCAUUUGGUUGUAAACACUGUGACCAUUUGUGAUGUCCUAUCUCUGGAGGAAGAAUAUUACUCCAGAGAGACUAAGCUGUUGUUGGUGCACUGCUUAUAAUUUUUUUAAAUGAUUAUAGUAUUUGCUGUUGCAUCUGAGGAUUAAUAGCCACAGACAUUACAUGUUCUGUGUCUAAAGCCAUUCUGUCAUCAUCAUAAGUAGCUUCCACUAGCUUUAAGAUUUGUUACUUAUACCAGUGAGUAUCCAUCAUGCCAACUUCAAGCAGCUACCAUUGGCUGCUGUGUAUAUCAAAAUAUCAAGAGUAUUUUUACCAGGAAUGGUUGAAAAUAAUAGUUUUCAUUCUUAACUCACCCUGUUGACCUCCCUGUAAUUUGAGACUAUUCUUAAUGCAGGUUAAUAGACCAUAGAAAGUACAGUAAUUUGGAAUAAGAUACCAUAAAAGUCCAAUUAAAUACUGAAUAACCUUACUGAAUGCAAUCAUUUAUAGUCCAUUUUAAAGGGUAACAAAUCACACUUGAGUAGUUAUGCCAUAAUACUUUCAGGAGACUUGUUCAUUACUGAUCCAGUCUGUGAAGCAGUGGACAGCCUUGUAGGCGCAAUGCAAGAGUCUCGGUUGCCAUCUCUGGGUAUAGCCUCGGAGAGAACCAGCAGAACCACUAAUUCCCACUCCUCAGAGACCUCACAAGUGAGCAGGGUGGGGGCUAAUCAUUCAAGUCGUGCCUUUGACAACAUCUAAGCUUUGUGUGUGUGUGACAGACAUGCAAGGACAGUUAGAUGCACCUGCCAACAGAUUAUCUUCAAAGGGCAUGUUGAAGGUCAGUACUGUAAUAAGAGGAAAAUAGCUGUUACUUUCCUGGUCUGCCAUUUUGCAUGAAUGGGGCUGGGUAUUUCAGGGACCACCACAUGCCUAUUCUUCCUACGAUGAAUCACAAUAAAGCGCUUGCUUGCAUUUUGCUUGCCAGCUUAUCCUUGUCAUUGAGUUUCAGUUCUCUGUUCUUUCUGGCACUUACCUUGUCUGCACUAGUAUUAGUCCAGUACUUAUCAGAAUAUAGUAAACUUCAAAAUUUGUUACUGCAGAGCUCUAACCUGGUUUAUUAUUUUUGCAGCUGGAAAUAAGAGUAGUAAACAAUGCCAGGCUCAAAAAUAUUGUUAGUCAUGACUGAAGUCACAUUUAGAACCAAAAUUUAAUUAUCCAACUGAACCAGAAGAAAAUGGCUAUAGAAUCUCAGCAGAUAAAGGUGAAAUGCUCAAAGUAGUUACUAAGUCUAUUCCUCUAUCCCAAUUCCCCUCUUGUAUUCCCUUUUGAAGCAUAUUUGGAAGCUUUUUACAUCAGGCCUGUAAAUACACAAAUUACCCUGAAUUAACUCAAGACUCUUCCCCCUCCUCCCUCCCCAAUUCCCUCUUUUAACCAGACCUGGUACAAACCUCUGUGGGGAGACACCUGCUAGUUUACAGCUUCACUGUUAAAUACUAGGUUGGCAUAGCUGCUCCCCCCCCCCCCCCAGCAAGUAAACAAGAACCACUUCAGGUUGGCUUUGUAAAUCUAGACUCCUGCCCUACCUAUUUGAAGAUACUGAAGUCUUAACUGAACAAGAUGGACAAUAGCUUUAUCUGGAAGUCACAAUCCAGGAUAGUUUCUCCAUAAUUUAUAGAAAUUAGCAUUUAUGUAUAGCAAUGUCCAUAGAGCAGCUGUUUUCAUAUCUAAUGGAGGAAGGCCUUAGGCAUAUUUUCACUUGAAUUUCUAUCUAUGCUAUAUAAUCCUUAGCUGUACUCAACUUUAAGUCAUGCAACAUCCAUACUAGUAUCUUACACUGGAGAUGUUCUCAGAUGCUUGGUGUCACCUGGAAUAUUUUUAGUCCAUUACCAUUUUUAUUAGUGCUAACUCAGUUUUUAGCAGUCUUCAUUCAAAAGACCUGAAACUCCUCGUGUUUCACCAUCCAUAAGCUUUAGCUGGAGAGUGACCUUAGGAGUGUCACAGCUGGAUGCGCAUGCCUGGAGAAGACUGUUUUCACCACUGCAGUGCAGCCACAGCAGUGGUACCCGGGGUACUUGCUAGCAUUAACUACACUACAAUUCAGGACAAAGUGGAGUAAUUCCCUGUGCUAUCCUAGGCUUCAGCUGACUCAACCAGAAUAUGACUAUUGGAGUAGGACUGUCUUCAUCCCAGGAAGACUUACGCACUGUUGAAAGCCUACAGCAGGAGUUACAGGGCUAUGCCAGCCCUGCAGCUUUCUUACCUAACACUAAACUAGAAAGCCAGCCCUGAAGAGGGGAAACUUGAGAGUCAACCAAACGGAACUGCUCAGAGAAGAGUUUAAUUUAAUUGCUGUGCUAAUCUAACUGAUCUCUUCAUGCCGUUUUUAUUCCAUUCCGGGGUGCAAGUGCUGUAGCCGGCAGGUCAUAUGGUCACCAGGCCGAACGGAAUGCAAAUUUAGGUUUUAGUCUUCAGUUUCUGGACUUUUCCUUUGAGACUGAGUUCGUGGGAGGGUCUGACAAAGUUGCUGUGAAUAUUGAUACUGUGUAUAUGGCACAUUUUGUAAACAUGAAGCAAAUCUGGAUGAAUGUUUUGUAUUCUGCGACAGUAGCAUUGUAAUCCUGCUCCUUUUUUAUUCUAAAUAAAUAAAUAAAGUGCUUGUUUGUAA